AAAACCCUAAUUCUCCACUCUUGUAUCAGCCGCCGUUAAAUGUCAAAUCCUGCGUCAUAGUUUCUUUCUUAGAUGGGUGUUGCUCUAAUUUACAGUAUAUCCUGAAUCGGUAGCAAAGUUUGAUGCUUUUUGUUUUAUUUGUUCAAAUUUAUGGUGUUGAGCUUUGUGUGAUUGGGGUUAAGAGAUUGAUGAGAAAAUUGCACUAUGUAUCGAAGGCUAUGUCAAAUUACAGUGACAUAGUCUUUAAUGCAAAAGUGCAGAAAGAGAGAGCUGUUAAAUCAGCAAGCGGCCAGACAACCGUCGGGAUAGAUCCACAGGUGAAGCGGAUUGAUUCCUCUGCUUUCAGCUACUAAAUCUAUCCUACAUACUUGUUCUCAUUAAGAAUCUCAUUUUUGAAUACUUGAGUUUGUUUGUGUUAUUGAGUUGUUGUUGUUUAUUGCACCUUGUAUCGAAGGACAUGCCUCGUUCUGAUGGCAUGGCCAUUUUCGAGGAUGCGUAAAGGAAUAGCUGUUAAUUCAGUAAGCGGCCAGACAACCGUUGGGAUAGAUCCACAGUUGUUGCGGUUUUUCUCUCCGCUCUCAACUACUAAAUCUUUCCCACAUUUUUUGUAUCAAUCCACAAUUUUCACGAUUGUUUGAUUCUUUUUCAAUAUUGUUUUUAGUUCAUUGAGUUUGCGACUUUGCGUAUAAUAUCCCUGGACAUUUGAAGACUUGGUUUUGGUAAAUAAAUUCACUGUUGAACUUUAUCCUUUGUUACCGUGACACUGAUGGUUGACAUUGAACAGUACGUUGAGUAAAUGAUUGGAGUUUGAACUUGUUGAAGUAAAGGAAUCCAAGUACAAGAAAAGCUGGUUGUUUCACUGCACCAUUACCAAGUAACCACCUUUAGGACUUGAACAACUCUGUUUACAUAUAGAAAUUUCAUAGAUUUAGAAAUUUAUUCAUAAUUUAAGCUAUGAGAAAUGUGAACAACGGUUAAUUACAUUUGAAACCGGUUGAGGUUUUUUCACCACUCCAGAAUAGUGAACUAAUUCCAAAUCUUAAUUUAUA